AGCCGUCGUCUCAUCUGCCGCCGCCAUACUCCUGUCCACCUGAGUACCUGACCGGCAUCCUUCCCCCUCCUGCCCGAUCCCUCGAGGCGGAGAUCCCUAGGCCGUCGGCCGGGAUGGCGGGGGCGCUGGCCCUCGCGGUGUUGCUCGCCGUCGCGUCGCUCCAUGCUGAGGCGGUGUGGCUGGACGUGCCACAGUCGGGGACCAAGUGCGUGUCGGAGGAGAUCCAGUCUAACGUGGUGGUGCUCACCGACUAUUCCAUCAUGUACGAGUCCCACCCCUAUUCGCACCCCACCAUCGCCGUCAAGGUUACUUCACCAUAUGGGAACACCUUGCAUCACAGUGAGAAUUCUACAGUUGGUCAAUUUGCAUUCACAACCGCAGAAGCUGGAAACUACGUUGCAUGCUUCUGGGUUGAUAGUGCAGAGAAAGGAUCAGGAGUAUCUGUGAAUCUUGACUGGAAGAUUGGGAUCGCAACAAAAGAUUGGGAUGCUAUUGCUAAGAAGGAAAAAAUUGAGGGUGUAGAACUAGAGCUUCGGAAACUUGAAGUGGCAGUGCAGGCCAUUCAUCAGAACUUGAUAUACCUCAAAGAAAGGGAAGCAGAGAUGCGAACUGUGAGUGAGACAACAAAUUCAAGGGUCGUCUGGUUCAGUACUCUGUCGCUAUGGGUCUGCAUUGCGGUAUCGGUUUUGCAAGUCCGACACCUUCAAGGGUUCUUCAGAAAGAAGAAGCUCAUUUAGAGUCUCUCUGUAAGAUGUUGCGCUGUGGUUCAGAUGUUGUUCACCUUGGAAGGGUACAAUUUUGCCUUUUACAUGGAACAUUUCACACCAGUGAUGACUGAUGGGCUACUUGUACUGUAUGUAAUUUAAGUACGAUUGGAUCGAAAAUCUAUAUUUCAGGGAAAAAAAUCUUAUAUUUAGGCUCCAGCA